CGGAUUCAUCACUAGCCACUAAUGGCAAGUACGGUGGUCUAAUAGUUAAGACAACAGGCAUUUUUUUUCGCACGUAUUAGGGAACGUACUGAGCAUUCAGUACGUUAACAUGUCAGCAACUGAAUGACGUGUGUUAAACCGUAACACAAAUUUGCCUAAUAAACCAAUGGAGCAAAUGGACAUGGAAGGGAAGAUCGCCAUCAUAGGUAUAGGUUGUAGAUACGGCGAUGGCGUGUCAGGAUCACGUGGGAUUUGGGACAUGUUAAAGGAAAACAGAGACUGCACAGGCCCACCUCCUGUAAACCGAUUUGAUAACUCAUUUUUUUUUCUCCCCUGGUGAGAAGAGAAAGGGUAAAAUCUACACGAAGGCGGGUGCCUAUUUGAAACAAGAUCCUCUGAUGUUCGAUCGACAAUUCUUCAAUAUGCCUCCAGAGGAAGCUAACCACAUGGAUCCACAAGUGCGAAUUCUUCUAGAAGUAGUGUGGGAAGCCUUGGAAGAUGCAGGAAUUCCUGCCUCUACAUUGCGUGGUUCAAACACUGGUGUCUAUAUGGGCACCACAGCUGGUGAAUACCAUUUAUUUACUGCAUACCCACAUAGUAAUAUCAGUCAAUACUCGAAUUCAGGCUCAAACUCUUGCAUGGUCUCCAAUCGUAUUUCCUACGAAUUUGAUUUACGAGGACCUAGUCUUUCAAUCGACACUGCCUGUUCUUCAUCACUAUACGCAGUACAAAUUGCAUGCGAUGCUCUAAGAGGGGGAAUUUGUGACGCAGCAAUUGCCGGAGGGGUAAGUCUCGUGCUUUCUCCUACCAGUACAAUUUGAUUGUGUCAAGCCGGGAUGCUUUCACCCGAGGGACAGUGUAAAAGUUUUGACGAAUCAGCAAAUGGUUACAGUCGUGGCGACGGUGUAGGAUCAGUGGUACUCAAACCACUCAAAAGGGCUAUGGAAGACGGAGAUAGAAUUUAUGCAGUGAUUCGAGGAGGCGCUCUUACAAAUGAUGGAAGAACACCUGGGAUUGCAAAUCCAAGCUCUAAUGCUCAGAUGGAUCUUUUAUAUAGAGCUUGUGCAGCAGCUUAUGUAAAUCCACGGGAUGUCGCGUAUAUUGAAGCUCAUGGCACUGGUACUCCAGUUGGGGACAAGGCAGAAGCAAAUGCUAUUGGUGAAUUAAUGAGCAAGCAACGUUCCAAUGAUGCACCACCCCUGCUUAUCGGAUCUAUAAAAUCUAACUUAGGACAUUCAGAGGGCGCUGCAGGUGUAGCAGGCAUCAUCAAGGCAGCAUUGUCGUUGUACCAUAAAGAAAUUCCAGGUGGUGUAAACUUCAAACGCGGUAAUCCGAAUAUUAACUUCAAAGAAUUGAAUUUAAAGGUUCCUACCUCAUGCACUCCGUGGCCUGUCAAUUCAAAGCUUCUUGCAGGCUGUAGUUCAUUUGGGUUUGGUGGAGCCAACGCUCAUGUUGUCCUUGAAGCAUCUCCAGCCAAGCAACUCUGCAUUCAAACGUACGAUGAUAGUUCAUCAGCUUUCUCUGAGUCCUAUUUUAUGUUAAUGCUUUCCGCAAAGUCACUAAAUGCUCUUGAGCAAAAAUAUAUUGAUUGGACACAAUUCCUCUCAAACACUCUUGUAUCAGAUACUGCUGUGUUCCAGAACGCUUUAUACACUGCUAAUCUGAGGUUCCAUCACCAUGUGCAGAGAGCAACUUUUGUUGCAAAAUCCAGAGAUGAACUGUUGUUGCUGCUGAACAAGAGAGUAAAUGGAGAACGUUCAGACACUAUUAUCGAAGGAAAGGCACCAGAAGGCAAUUCCAUUAACAGAACAGUGUUUGUUUUCUCUGGUAUGGGGACGCAAUGGUGGGGAAUGGCAAGACAGCUAAUAAACACCCAACCCAUAUUCAGAAAUAUGAUACAGUUGAUAGACGAACUUCUGGCAAAGUAUGGAGCAAAAUGGUCCCUAGUUUAUAUAUUGUCAGAUGAAACAGAUAAAAACAGGAUUAAUGAUACAGAAAUUUCCCAAACAUGCAUUUGUAGCGUACAAAUUGGAUUGGUUGAAUUGUACAAACAUUAUGGCGUAACACCGAGUGCCAUCAUUGGUCACAGUGUUGGUGAAGUUGCAGCCGCUUACACAGCAGGACUUUUAACCCUAGCCACUGCUGUCAGAAUCAUCUUCAAAAGAGGGCAACUCCUACAAGAGACAAGUGGUUCAGGAAGUAUGGCUGCAGUUCUUCACGACGUUGACGAUGUUCAAACACGACUGAAAUCUACUAUCACAUAUAUAGACGUAGCCGCUAUCAACAGUCCUUCACAAAUUGUUCUUUCUGGCAAAAACGAGUCCAUAAAAGAGUUUACUUCUAAGCUUAAUGAAGACGGGAUACAGACGCGAUUACUGAAGGUUAAUAAUGCAUUUCACAGUCGUCAACAGGAAAUUCUUAAGAUGAAAUUCUACAAAAAAACAACAUUCUUGAAGAAAGCGAUGUCUUCAAAAGAGCAGAGGCCUCUCAUUCCAAUGAUGUCAACGGUGACUAACAGUUAUCUCACAUUGCAAGAUGCAAAUGAGUCUGAUUAUUGGUGGGCCAAUAUUCGUCGAUCUGUAAGAUUCAAGGGCGCAGUAGAAGCUAUACUUAAGGAUGGUUAUAAUAGCUUUCUUGAAAUAGGGGCUCACCCAGUGCUGUCACCCGCAAUCAAAGACAUUGUCGCUUCCAAGCCAAACCAGCCAACUAUCUAUUUUAUCACGCAUUCUCUUAAGCGACCACGUGAUCUGAGUGUUUCUACCGAUGAUAUUCUCAAUUGUAAUAUAUCACUGGCACAAAUGCAUGUGAACGGUUACCCAGUCGAUAUAGGUCCAAUGUUUGAAGGUCAUAACUGUGAAGUAGUGUCUUUACCUAUGUAUCCAUGGCAACGUGUCGAAUGUUCUGCGAAAACUGAAAUUAGCAGGGAAAUGUACCUUUUUCCUGAUUCUUGCCAUCCGCUUCUCGGCAAAUCGGAAACAUCCACCAUUUAUUCUCAAAUUCCAAAUCUUCAUGUUUGGAGAGCUAAAAUAGGAACUGACAAGGAACCAUGGAUUGCUGACCACGUUAUCCAAAACAGUAUAAUCUUUCCUGCUGCUGGAUACAUAGAAAUAGCUAUUGCUGCACAUUAUGAGCUUUUUACAGAUGCUCUUCUAGUAUGUAUAACAGAUCUCCAUUUUGAUCGUUUUCUUUUUGUUUCGGAGGCGGGUACGCUUUCGGAAACAAAAAUUGAAAAAGAAUCCAAUACAAAAGCAAAGUUCACAUUUUGCUCCUUUAAUACAGUAGAAAAAAACUGGACGUCACAUUCAACAAUGAAUUUAGAAUCAUGUGAAAGCACACUUGAAGAGGCAACUGAGCAGGCAUAUCUUUCAGUAGAUGACAUCAUAAGUAGGUGCCCUAAUGAACUGGAUAAAACGGAAUUAUAUGCCAACAUAACUGACCUGGAUUUCAAACUUGAAGACAGUUUUUUGUGUCUUAAUAAGGCAUAUUACAGCUCCUUGGUCGAUGAAGCACUAGUCUACCUUCACUCAACAGGCCUUGUGACGACACAGUCUAGUCGUUUCUACGUCCAUCCUGCAUUCCUUGACGGUAUACUUCAGGGAAUGGGUAGUAUUAUGCGUCAGCGAUACAAAAUCUUAUCUCCGAAUAAAGAUGUAUAUCCAGAUAAUGUACUGCUCCACUAUGCCUUUUUCACAAAUGAAAACGGAGAUGUGUAUUCAGAUAUUUGUAUUGCUGAUACAAAAACGUACAAAAUAAUUGGUAAAUUCGAAAAACUCCGGUUUGGAACCGUUGGUAGCCGCAAUGAAUACAAAACCCUUCAAAUAUGGGAAGAGAAAUGGGUUUCUAUAGACAUAGAAACAAAGACUUCCGAUACCAGUGGCCUUACAUUAAUAACAGGAGAUGACGAAGAACUUUCUGCUCAACUGGAGAGCACGCUGACAUCGGUGGGAGUUUACUCAAAGAUAAACAUUGUUGAAGGUGUUCAAUCAGAUCAGUUUGGCACAGAUAAUGAAUCAUUGUCCAAUGUAAUUAUCACUAUUAAACCUGGUAACAUAAAUAACAUUGACACAAUUACUAAAGAAGAAUUGUUACAACAGCAAUAUCAGAUAGCCAAUAUGUGUAUCAGUCAGUAUAAAGUUCUCUCUUCAAUCGAAGGUAUGAAUCCAAAUGUAUGGCUUAUUACACGGGAUGGAUUUUCUGUAACAAACGAUGACACAGUCGAUCCUCAUCAGGCAUCAGCUUACGGGGUUGCUCUUUGCGUAAUGCAAGAGAACCUAAAUUUUAAGCUUUCCAUCAUCGAUAUUCCGUCAAGUGUCGAUACUGUAACUGCAACAGGUUGGUUGUUUGAAUGUAUCUGGAAGAUGGACAAUGAUGAAAAAAUCGUUGCAUUGCGAAAUUCUGUAUCUAACUCGACCAAUUAUUUUGACGUAUAUUUCCUUCGAUUAUGUGUAAGUAAAAGUUAUGACUUUCAAUACAAAAUUUCCUCAAGGAAGUGGAAGUUGGACGUUGAUCAAAGUUUCCAAACAAGGAGAUUGUCAUUGACAACAUGUCGUGAUUUAGAGGAAAGCAGAUCUACGCAAUUCACGACUGUGAACAUUGAAUCUUUUCAGCUUCUUAAAUCCACCACCUCAGGGACGUCUUCUGAGGAAGAACAACAGAUUGCCAUGUUUUGUGGACAUUCAGAACAAUCCCAGGUAGUAAUUGGUGUUUGUUCUGAAAAUGAAUUACGGUCUACAUUGCAAUACAAACGUGAUGAACUAAUUAAUAUUACCAGCGAACUCCCUGCCGCACAGGUAAUUAACAUUGUCUCAUCAUAUUUUGUACCAUUUAUGGUUGUUAAUGAUUUGUCACCCGAGGGCACGACUGUUAUCUGUUUGUCUUCUAACAAAGACAAACAAGGUUUGGCAGUAGCACACAUGGCUUUAGAACUAGGUCACUCUGUUGUAGUAGCCGUUAAAGACCUAUUCAAUGAGGAUGGGCUUCAUUUAAGGUCAUAUGAUUCAGUGAAAUUUGUUGAUGGAAAUGAGUUAUGGACAGUUCUUGACGAACAAAGUGUUGGCUGUAUAAUUGGAUCUGAAAAUUACGUAUGCGAAAUCAUGAAAUCUAGAAAAAUGAAAGAGAGAUUGAGACCAUUUGCUACAAUUCAAAUGCUCAAUUCACACAAAAAAGGUUAUCGUAGUUCUAACAUUGUGGUCCCGAUGAAUGCAAGGGUUGUGAUGAAAAAUUACGAUUUGCCCUUGAAUGACGAAUUUCGACAACUUAAACCUCUUAUAGACAAGUUAUUACAGUUGUUUGAGGAACCGUCGUCAGUACAACCUUUACAAGACUCCAUUCCACAGACUAUACAUUUAAAAGAUGUAGGAACUCAAUACAAUAUUGCUUUCAAUGAUGUUACAUUUGCAGUCGAUGAGGAUGCAAUUCCUGUAAAUUAUGACUUUCGGAGAGUGAAAUUAAAUUCAGCAAGCACGAAUCAUAUAUCGUUACUGGGGGUACAAAGGGAUUUGGACUAUGCCUAG